CUUCCUUCUGUAGCUCGGCCCAGACCGGUUCCAACCUGCUGGGGCCGGUCCCAGCUUCCUCAACUGUCACCAACCUCUGGUCGGGCCGCGGGGCGGGAAACUCGGUCCCAGCCUCCGAGUUGGGGAGGCAGGAGCUCGGUCCCGAGUGCACACUUCGCAGGGUAGGCCUUGAAGGCCUGACUGUUCCUCAGACCAAAAGCACAGUUCCAGGCUCUUUGGGAGCGAUAAGUCCACGACAUGACAAGUCGAAUUCUGUAGCAGCCAGCCCUAGACCUGCAUAGAAGUAGUGACUAUUUGCUUGAAGUCUUGUUCGGAGAUUCCGUGCACCUGAGGUCUUUUGUAUCCUUACGGCCUCCUGUUGCCCACGAGGAUCACCCACGCUUGAAUUCCCUCAGACAGUCAAACGUGCAGUCACGGAGUCACUCUUUGCCGUCCAGCCUGUGAGGGAGCGACUCCCAGGAUACUGUGGGAUUUCAGACCCCUUCAGAAUCUGGCAAGAGAGGGAGCUUCAGACAGCGACAGUAAAUGAGAUUGUCAAAAUGGAAGACCCCCGAAAAGCUGCAUGUGUGCAAGCUUAGGUCCCCGCCUUCAUUGCUGGCAUGGCACAUUGGGCCUAGGUGCUGUGGGACAAAGGCCAGUGAUGUGGUUCCUCUUGUAAAGCAGCGUGGGUUUCUGUUUGCCGUGUCAGGAGUGCCUCUCGUCCCCUGUAGGUCCCUGAGCCAUGUGGGUAUUUAGAAUAUCCCAACCCAUGGAGAUUUCAGAACCUGAGAGGUUGAACAACAUUCAAGUUCAGUAAGCCAGGAGAAGCUGUGGGGAGUACAGAGAACUAACAGCAAGCAGGGGAUCUCUGGCUUGAGACCCAGAAGGCCUUUUGGGAGAUGAGCCUGGGAACAUCGGUUAUAGGAAAUGUAUUGGUUUCUUUGAGGGACUCCAAUGUUGGCUGGCAUCCAAGCUUGACUUCAGAGUAACUCAGCUAUGUUAGACACUAAAGAAGGCUUCCCCUCAGUCCAUAUGCAUCUGCUUUGACUGGUGGUUUCUGUCAUCCUACAAAGACUGACUUAUUGGUGAGGGCAGCUGGACACCUGAGAGCAACUUAGAGCAAUGCAUCUUGGGCACACUCUGUAAGGAGCGUCUCUGGAGAUAGCACCCCAUGUAAGUGCAGAAAACAAGACAACUCAUGGACCUACUACUUCCCGCUUCCAACACCCUGAUGCCUAAGUGUAUAGAAUUUGACAACAGUAUCGAGAGCUGAGGAGAAAGAGAAGAUGGGAAGGAGACUAGCAAGUAAAAAAUGUCGUAGCAUUCUCUAUGUGGUGACCUUUUCCUGUUGGUGGCUCGGUUUAUUUAGGAGAUAAAGAAGAUAAGGAGGCCUGUGACAGUUUCAUCAUGUCACACUUGAGUUUAUCCAAACGUUUCCUCCCUGUCUCUGCUUUUUAUGUCACAGUUUGCUUCCCAUGUUCGGAUUGACUCAUUUGUUUCCUGUUAAUGUUUGAAACACUGCAUGGUCACCGUCAGUCCUGAAAGACCGGCUUCUGAUGAGGAGUGGGAAGGUUCAGGUCUUACCCUCCCACGGAAAUUUGGCCUAUUUACAAAACUACUCUCAUAGAAGGUACCUGAAGGAGUUCCGCACAGAGCAGUGUCCGCUCUUUGUGCAACACAAGUGUACACAACAUCGGCCCUACACCUGCUUCCACUGGCACUUCGUGAACCAGCGGCGCCGCCGUUCCAUCCGCCGUCGGGAUGGCACCUUUAACUACAGUCCAGACGUCUACUGCACCAAGUAUGACGAGGCUACAGGCCUCUGUCCAGAGGGCGACGAGUGCCCAUUCCUGCACAGGACCACAGGGGACACUGAGCGCAGGUACCACCUUCGCUACUAUAAAACUGGAAUCUGCAUCCAUGAGACAGACUCAAAAGGCAACUGCACCAAAAACGGCCUGCACUGCGCUUUUGCCCACGGCCCACAUGACCUCCGCUCCCCUGUGUACGACAUCAGGGAGCUCCAGGCCAUGGAGGCCUUACAGAAUGGCCAGACAGCAGUAGAGGGCAGCAUAGAAGGCCAGCCAGCUGGGGCUGCAAGUCAUGCCAUGAUAGAAAAAAUCCUCAGUGAGGAGCCUCGGUGGCAAGAGACUGCUUAUGUCCUGGGGAACUAUAAGACAGAGCCAUGCAAGAAGCCACCACGGCUGUGUCGCCAGGGCUAUGCCUGUCCCUACUACCACAACAGCAAGGACCGGCGGCGGAGUCCCCGGAAGCACAAAUACAGGUCAUCUCCGUGUCCAAACGUCAAACAUGGGGACGAGUGGGGAGACCCUGGCAAGUGUGAGAAUGGAGACACCUGCCAGUAUUGCCACACCCGCACAGAGCAGCAGUUCCAUCCAGAGAUCUACAAAUCCACCAAGUGCAACGAUAUGCAGCAGUCGGGCAGCUGUCCCCGAGGACCUUUCUGCGCCUUUGCCCACAUAGAACCGCCACCCUUAAAUGAUGACAUGCAGCCUUCCUCGGCUGUAUCCAGCCCCACCCAGGCGGGUCCUGUUUUGUACAUGCCAUCUGCUGCUGGAGACUCGGUCCCUGUGAGCCCCUCCAGCCCGCAUGCCCCUGACCUCAGCGCCCUCCUCUGUAGGAACAGUGGCCUGGGCAGCCCAUCUCACCUCUGCAGCUCCCCGCCAGGCCCCAGCAGGAAGGCCUCAAACCUGGAGGGCCUGGUCUUCCCUGGGGAGUCCAGCCUUGCCCCUGGCAGCUACAAGAAAGCUCCUGGCUUCGAGAGGGAGGACCAGGUGGGAGCAGAGUACCUGAAGAAUCUCAAGUGCCAGGCUAAACUAAAAACCCAUUCACUAGAGCCCAGGAGUCAAGAGCAGCCUCUGCUUCAACCCAAACAGGACGUGCUGGGCAUCCUCCCUGUGGGCAGCCCCCUGACCUCAAGCAUCUCUUCCAGUAUUACCUCCAGCUUGGCAGCCACUCCCCCCAGCCCUGCGGGCACCAGCAGCGCCCCUGGCAUGAAUGCAAAUGCUCUGCCCUUCUAUCCCACCAGCGACACGGUAGAGUCGGUCAUAGAGUCUGCCCUGGAUGACCUGGACCUAAACGAGUUUGGAGUAGCCGCCCUGGAGAAGACUUUUGAUAACAGCACAGUGCCCCACCCCAGCAGCAUCACAAUCGGUGGCAGUUUGUUGCAGAGCUCUGCCCCUGUGAACAUCCCCGGCUCCUUAGGCAGUUCAGCCUCCUUCCACUCCGCUUCUCCGUCCCCUCCUGUCAGCCUCUCCUCACAUUUCCUGCAGCAGCCCCAGGGCCACUUGAGUCAGUCAGAAAACACAUUUUUGGGGACCUCAGCAUCACAUGGAUCUUUGGGUCUGAACGGGAUGAACAGCAGCAUCUGGGAGCAUUUUGCCUCUGGAAGCUUCUCCCCAGGCACUUCCCCUGCCUUCCUAUCAGGGCCAGGGGCUGCUGAGCUGGCCCGGCUUCGGCAAGAGCUAGAUGAAGCUAACGGCACCAUCAAGCAGUGGGAGGAGUCCUGGAAGCAGGCCAAGCAGGCUUGUGAUGCCUGGAAGAAGGAAGCGGAGGAGGCUGGUGAGCGGGCCAGUGCGGCCGGAGCUGAGUGUGAGCUGGCCCGGGAGCAGCGGGAUGCACUGGAGCUGCGGGUAAAGAAACUGCAGGAGGAGCUGGAGCGGCUGCACACUGGGCCCGAAGCCCAGGCUCUGCCAGCCGCCCCUGACCUGGAGGCACUCUCACUCUCCACCCUGUACUCCCUCCAGAAGCAGCUGCGGGGCCACCUGGAGCAAGUGGACAAGGCCGUGUUCCACAUGCAGUCGGUGACAUGCCUUAAGUGUCAGGAGCAGACCCGGGCAGUGCUGCCAUGCCAACAUGCUGUGCUGUGUGAGCUCUGUGCUGAGGGCAAUGAGUGCCCCGUCUGCCAGCCUAGCCGGGCCCAUGCGCUCCAGUCGUGACCCUGCAGACCUGGCCCAGCUGGGCCCAGACCUUUUCACCUAGGACUUUUUAAAGUAUAUAUAUGUAUGUAUGUAUGUAUGUACGUAUGUAUGUAUAUGUAUAUGAUUAUGUACAUGUAUACAUUUCUGUGUGCGGGUGUGCGUGGUGCCAGCGUGUGCACAGUGUCUGUGUGUAUAUCUGGACAUAGAUAUAGACACACACUUUAAAACAGACUUACCAAGCACUUUUUAAAGAAAAGACUAUUUUGCAGUCCUCUCCUGUCCAUUCCCCAUCCUUCCUGCUCAGAGACAAAGUCCCCUCUUUUCCCACUGGCCUUUGGCAGUGAAUAUGUUUUUGUCUCUUUUUUUAUGUAAGAACUAACUAUUUUUAACUUCUUCCUGGGGCCAGAGCAUGGAAGGAUGGGAAGUUGGAAGGGCAGGCUCCGUUCACCCUGCAUUCCAGGCCAGGGUCUAUGUCGCAGUAUGGACUCAGGUCCCCAGUUCCCAGCUGUGAGGGCUUCAGGGCCCGAGACUCUAAAGCCGGCCUAGCUCCUGGGUUUACCAAAUAUAUUUCACCCUGGGGACAGCCACGGAGCUGGCAGGCCAGGGCUGCAGGCUCGCCCCCGCCCCACGCGUGGGGUCUUGAAGUCUGGGCCUCUCCUUGAUCAGCCUCUUUGGCCCCACAGUCAGUCACCUGCCAGGCUGGCACUGCCCUCCCUGCCCCUGCCUCCCUCCCUCUGGCAGCUAGCAGGGCGAGUGUUGGGAGGAGUGCAGUCUGAGGACCAAGGGGCUUGAGCCCGCCCUUCUUGCUGGGGGAGUUGUAUGCAUUCCUUGGUGCUCUUUGAGUGCGGCUGGCGUCCUGCCGUUGUGGGCAGACGCCUGUGUGCAUGUGUGCGCGUGCCUGUCCAAUGUAUAUUGUGUUUAGCUUCAAUUUUAAAAAUUGUUAUGUACAGAGAUGCAGUGGAAUGGGAAAGCAGAGUGGGCAGAGGGAGGCAGCCUGUUUCCAGCACUGGGUGUCCAGUGGGCUAUAGAGGGCCACAAAAAAUCUGCCCCAGCCCAGGCCCCCUCCCUUGGGCUCAGCACGAAAGGGCUUUCAAUGAAUUAAGUGAAACUUUCUCCUUUUUUACAAAAAUGCAAAAAUCAACAAACUUAUUGGAAAUAAACUAUGACUUGUG